UGCAGGCGGGUGGACCGCACGCGGGGGAGCAUGUGGACGGGUGGACGUCUGUCGGCGAUGCCGGGCCCACGGCGCUAAGUGGACAGAGUGGACGGCGCGUACAGGGCGGACCUCAGCGAGCGGGAAGCGUUGCCCGUGCCGCCGCGAUGUGUGGACGCUGAGGGGACCGCCGAGGGCGUGAGGGUCCCGCCUCAGGGCUGGCAUGUUCGGGAUGGGCUCCGCGCGUUGCUGGACCGUGCUCCUGCUCACCGGGUUUGUCACAGUCACAGGUCGGGUGCAGCAGAUCGACAUCACCGGCUUGGUGGGGGACGAGGUGCGGCUGCCCUGCGAGAUAGACGAGACCAAGUGCGGCGACGUGCACAACAUCCAGUGGUACCGCGGCGAUGGCGACACCCGCGUCUUCAUCUACUCCGAACUGGCCAAGGUCGACACCAGCGAGAACAUGCUCCAGGGCAGGGGUUACUUUGAGUACGCGAAGGGUUCGUCGACGACGGAGCUGGAGAUACGAAACCUGCGGCCGGACGACGAGAGCCUGUACAAGUGCGAGCUGACCUACCUGGAGGUCAGGGACGACUGCGCCGUCAUCCAGUUCGUCAACCUCACCACACUCGCCAAGCCGGAGAACAUCCGUAUCCUGCUGGAGGACGGCACGGAGGUCAGCCCCGGCUCCGUGAUUGGUCCGUACGAGGAGGACAGUGACCUGGUGCUGCGCUGCGAGUCGGCAGGGGGCAAGCCGGCCGCCGCCGUGACCUGGUGGAACGACACCGUCAACAUGGGAGGGGCUGCCGGAGCCGUGCUGUCGGCCGACGGGACGGGGCUGGGCACCAACGUCAUCCGUGUGCCGCUGACCCGACAUGACCUGGGGUCAGGACUCGAGUGUCAGGCCACGAACCCGGCCAGCCGCCGGGCGCUCCGCUCGACGCUUUACAUCGACCUUCAUGUUCGACCGCGGUCAGUCGAGCUCGACGGCUGGUCUGGAGCCGUCAGGGAGGGCACCAUGGUGACCUUGACCUGCAAGGUCAGCGGCGCCAGACCUGCCGCCAACAUCACCUGGUUAGCGGGAGGCCAGGAGGUGGCGACACAGUCCAAUAGCUCUGUGCACACCAAGGCGGACGGUACCGCCGACACGGUCAGCACGCUGACCUUCAGAGCGGUGAGGUCAGCGCACCGACGGCCGGUCGCCUGCGUCGCCUCCAACGCGGUCAUCGAGAGCAAGGCCGAGUCGCCGCUCCGCGCCACCGUCACCGUCCAAGUGCUGUACGCACCCUCGGUGACUGUGACGCCCGACAACAUGGCCGCUAACGAGUCAGCUGACGUCCUGCUCUUCUGCGGCCACGACGCCAACCCGGCCAACCUGACUGCCGUCACGUGGUACAAGAGUGGCCGGCAGCUGGACUUGACUGACGAGGACAAGUACGAGGGAGGCACCCUGGAGCAGCCGUCGCUCUUCAUCAAGAACGCCUCCAGGCGGGACGCCGGCCGCUACCGCUGCGAGGUGGCCAACGAGAUCGGUGGCGGCAUGGCCGACAACGAGGCCGUGGUGCACGUCCAGUACCCGCCGGAGGUCAGCCUCACCGUGACUCCGUCGGUCGCCACCGAGUCCGCCCGGCCGAACGUCACGGGCCGCUGUGACGUCACGUCCGGGGAGCCGGCCGAGCUGCUGUGGGUGCGCUGGUACCGGGAUGGCGAGCUGCUGCCUGACCCGCCGCCGUGCCGCCCCUCCGGCGCAGUGUUCGGUGGCGGCGGCGCCGACGGCCCUUGUUCGGACGAGCCGGGGCAGAUCACGCUCCUCAGCGUCACUCGAAUGCACAUGGCCAACUACAGCUGCGCCGGCCUCAGCCGCGCCGGCUGGGGCCCGCUGUCGAGGCAGAAACAACUGCUCGUGCACUACCCCCCGCACCAGGCUGCUGUGACGCACGAGCCGACCGUCGUGCUGAAGGACAUGCAGGUCACUCUGACUUGUGAGGUCGACGACCUGGGUUACCCUCCAGCCGGCCAGUACCUGUGGAUGCGCGGCAGUCACGUGGUGACGGACAUCCGGACACGACAGUGGCGAGUCGAUGCCGCUUCGCUGGAGGAGGACGACCGGUUCGGCUGCGUGGCCCACAACGUGGCCGGCAGCAGCACGGAGGGCGCUGCGCUGCUGGAUGUCCUCGCCAAGCCCCGCUUCAUAGAGCGUCCCUCUCCGUACGUGGGGGCUCUGAUCAACUCGUCGUCCAUCGCUGUCACUUGCCGCGUCGAGUGUUCCCCUCUCUGCGAGCUGGAGUGGCUCAAAGACGGCCAGGUGAUUGAAGACGGCUCGUAUUACUCGAUCAAGACGGGCGCCCUGGAGCCGGACCCGAGGACCAACGACUUCGAGUCGGUCGUGUCUACCCUCACCUGGAACAUAACGGCCUGGCCCAACCAGACGCUGGACCGGGUCCGGGACAACGCCAACUACACCUGCCGCAGCACGUCCAACACCGUCGGGCUGGGGGUCAGCAGCACCACCCUCUUCACUGUCGAGUACCCGCCGCUGGAUGUCACCGUAACGCCCGCCGUGCUCUCGGUGGAGGAGGGGGCCGCACUAGGGUCCGUCCACUGCACCUCAAGUGCACUGCCGGCCGCCAGCCACGUGUGGACGCGCGAUGACGAGGUCAUUCAGACGGGGGGCAGGCUGCGGCUGGAUGCCAGCGGCGGCGCCAGCAGAACGCACUCCGGAGAGUACCUUUGUCGGGCGCAGAACAAGCACGGCGCCUUCGCUGCGCCGCUUCUUGUGCGCGUCAUGUACGUUCCCGAGUGCAGCAUCGGCCAGAUGGAGCAGGACGGCGAGUACCUGCUCGUCUGCACGGUCGACGCCGUGCCCGACGACGUGGCCUUCACCUGGCGCUUCGACAACGAGACGCUGACGGAGCGGAUCCGGACCGAGGGCACCGUCAGCACGCUGACCGUGCGACCGGGCAGCAGGGACUUCGGCACCUACCACUGUUUGGUCAACAACUCGAUCGGCGCCGGCCUGCCCUGCAACAUCGAUGUUGCCGGCGUGAGUGGCUGGCAAAUGAGCCUGGACGGCGUGAGCGUCAUCAUGGUCAUCACCACCGUGACGGCCACGGCGGUGACCGUGGCCGUGGUGUGCGCCGUGAUGUUCAGAGUCUGCCGCCACCGCCGCCCCAAGGACCGCUAUGGCGUUCCUGACCCGCUACAGGGAAGAGAUGCCUUUUACCAUCGAGAGGAGAGGGCUCUGAUUCGGCCCUCUCUGCUUCCGGGGCCCCCCUCCAACCCUGACAUCGUUAAACUGCCAGGGAGCGACUCCAGCACCAAGUCGUCGACGAACGGCUCCGGCUCGAGCUCAGUCGAGGGCCGACCGCUGUACGAGAGCCUCAGCCUGCACAGACCGCCGUGCAAGCCUAUUGGAGGUGGUGCAGGUGGCAGGGUCAGCAGCAGGCAGAGUCUCCCGUCAAACCCAAGCCACGGUCACCCGACAGAUAGUAGCCAGAGUCGACCGACAGACAGUAGCCAGAGUCGACCACCAAGCGAACUGAGUCAGAACGGCUCCUCCGGCUACGGCAGCACCUUCUCCCAGGGCAACCCGCAGUACGGCUCCAUGCGCUCCCAGCACAGCUUCCAGUACGGAUCCACGCGGUCGCAGCGAGCCGACCCGGAGCGGCACGGACAGCAGCUGCUGCCCAUCCCACAGUCGCCCGACCUGCCGGACACGCCGACCACGCUCGACGAGACCACGCAGAGCGAAGCCAACAAUAACGACUGCGAGCGGCCCACGCCCCCGCAACGAGGCCCGGCCGCCAAGCCGCCUUACCACAACCUUAGCUUGCCGCACGGAGGGAACGGGGCGCGCCAGCGACAGGCUCAGAACCAAGCUGAGCGCCAAAAACGCUCGCAAAAUCAGACUGAAAGUCAGUUACAGUCACAGAGCCCGCCCACCGAUGCUGUGGAGAGGUUCUGCCCGCAGUCGCUAGGCCAGACACCGCCGGGGCCACACGCUGCGGCCAGCCGGGGCUUCUACAGCUGUAGCCAGCCGGGCAGCACGCGGCUCUGCCACGUUGACGUGGUGCCGGCCAGUGAGCAGCGGCCGCCGCAACAGCGACCGGCUUCCGGCAGCGCGCCGCGGCCCUGGAAGGAGUACGUGCCGACCGAGUACGCGGUGAUGCAGUUCUCGGGCGCCAGUCACGAGAUAGACGUGUGA